AUGACGGUCGUCAGUGCAGACAAUUUUGACAGUUAUGUGAUUGAGGGCUUUAAUGGAAUCUAAAACUUGUAUCUCAACUUUAUCUGCAGAAGACCUGCGGUUGCAUCUCCUGUCGACUAACAAACUGCCGGCUGGAAUUCCAGAAAAAUUGCUAGGUAAUAUCUCUGUAGUAGGAAUCUAUUUUAAGUUGAACAUUUUCUGUGCUGUGUGUUUGUUGGUUGGUGAGACCCUUUUCCAAAAUGACCAUUGAUUCUUUUAAAUGCUUUUUAUGUUCAGUUAUAGUUAAAGGCAAUUAUUCUCAACUGACAAGUCACUUGAAACUUUUUCAUGGCUUCCUUAAAACAACAGGUCAUAGUAACAGAACUUUGUAUUGUGGGAGCGUUCUUGUCAUUUCUAUAAUCAAACAACUGGAUCUGGUUUUAUUGAGACAAGGCUGAAAAGACUGAGGGAAGUUCAUCGUGAAGAACCACGCCGGAAGAGGCCAACACAGGACUCUUCUCCAAUCCAAAAAAAACCGCGUGUCACGAAACGGCCUCAUGUAAAGAAAAAUGCCGACUACAUCUUCAAUGAAGCCGAAUGCCAGUUUAAGGUUGAAUGGUUGAAGAGUCAUCCGCCUGGAGGAGAUAAUGACACAGUCAUCAUUGAGUACAGCAAGGCGACUUUUUGGGUAUCCUCAAAAAGAAAUCAAACAAACUCUGACUGAACCUGGUCUCAUCAUGAAAGAAUAUCCCCGCUUCAAGGACUUCCAAAAUGGAUCUCUGUUUCAGGUAGAAUUUCAGUUACUCUAUCCCGAUGCCAAGAACUUCGAAAAAGUCUUUAAAGAAAAAUUCUUAUUUAAAAUAUUGGCUCUGGCUAAUAAAAAAAACAUUGACAUUCCUGACUGCCCUGACGAAUGUCUUAAGGCCGUUUUCGUGUUACUAAAGCUGACUCCAAGCAUCGUUAAACUCCGAAAAGUUAAUUUUCGUUUGAUUACGGAACGACUGAUAGUCUUUUUAAAGGAUAAUGCUGACUUGAUUCAAUUAAGCGAAACGCGAGACCCUCAUUUGAAGCAGCCAUUCAUCUGCUGCAUGGGAACGAUGGAAACUCCUACAAACUUCUGGAUUGUUAUCGAUCGUGAUAUAAUACUGUGUGGUAACGACUUUGCAACUGCUUUCGUUAACUUGUUUUGCUCGUUUUAUGCAUUUAAUUUAAAUUUCCCUCAGUAUUUGGAAUCAUUUUAUGGAUUUUUUUGAGGAAUGCGUUUUCGAUAUUAAAAUUCCU